UCGCUCUUCCCGGGGACGGGCGCCUGCCCGGAGGCAGGUGAGGGAGCUGGACUGGCCUCGCCUCUAGUGGAGCUUGCAGAGCUGCGCUGCUGUUGCUUGCUGCACUUUGCAGGCUGACCCUGGGGGGACGGAGCUGGGCUGCUUCGUCUUCCUCACUCCCCUCGCCCUUUGCAAUGUAUUUCUCUCUGCAGAUCUGGUCCGCUUCAUUAUUAUUAUUAUUAUUAUUAUUAUUAUUAUUAUUAUUAUUAUUAUUAUUAUUAUUAUUGCAUCCUCAUUUUUGUUGCUCUCCUCCGCCAAUAGCUCAACCGCCGAAGCACAAAUGCCUGCUCUUGGUCUUCAUUCCCCUGCUCUUCUCUCCUUCCCUCCUUAGACCAUGCAGCUUCAUCCAUUUAUCCUUUUAUUUCUAACAAGAGGCAGAGGCAGAAGUUGGGGGAGAAAUCUCGACGGAUGGGCGUGCAGGGAUUGAUUUUCUUCUUUCCCCUGGCAGAGGUGGGGGUGAUUCCGGGGGUCUCAUCCAUUGCCUUCUGAUCUCCCUUUCCUAAGUGUGUGUUUCUGCAAGCUUUUGGGAGAGCAAUGGGGCAGCGUUGCUUAUGUCUGAAAUGAGGGUUUGGUGCGAGUGGAGGUGCAGCUUGGCAGUAAUCUGCAUGCAAAAUCGAGGGAUGUAGCAGCAUGGGGUAUUGGGUCUGGCAGGCAGAGACAGAAGCCUGGGCUUCCUCCAUGUGGGGUGGUGCGAGGCGUGUUCUCUCUGAGAGGAGCUCCCCCAUGUUGCAGCGUGCUAGAGCUUGCAUGGUGUAAAAAGGCUGCAAACCAGUCUCAUUGCACAGGGUAUGUGCUGCUGUCCCAUUUGUGUUCCUGUUUCUGGAAUCUGUUCACCCACAUCCCACACAUCUAAUUGCUUUGUGUUUGGAAGAGUCGCAUGGGCGGCUGUACAUAUUUAGAUUCGUGCCUUGCAGUCUCGCAACACAAGCCACACGCCUCCGUUUUGCCCUUCUUUUUUCAUCAAUGGAAAGCCAUGAAUGUAGCAGAUUAUAUAUGUGAUGUUGGGGAAUGAUGCAGCAGUUUUUUUUCCUGGAUAAAAGUGGAGUUUUCUGUCAUUUCAUGAAAAACCCCUGCCCCACCCAAAUAUCUAUAGCUAGGAAAGAGUAAAGGGUGUGGGUGGGUGGGUGAACCGGAUGUGGGCCUUAGAGGGUAGGGGUCGCCAAUGUGCUGCUGUUUUCCAGGUGGCGUCUGAUUCCAUCAGCCCCUCAGCAUGGCUCUUGGUAAGGGCUGAUGGGAGUUGGAGUCCUGCAGCACCUGGAGGUCGCUGCUAGCUUCCCCUGCUUUAGGAGCUCUUGCAGUUAGAUGCACUUUUAAAACACAGUACAUCUAUCUAUAUAACAUGUAGCUAAACAUCCCCUCACGUUUCCAGGGUGCCUAUAUAUGGUAAAAUGUGUCAGCACAAAGUAACAAAGAAUGGUGGAAAUAGAAUAUUUGUAGAUUGUUUCCAUUUUCCUGUGCUCUGAUUGUUGUUUAUGCUUCUGGCACGCUCAUUCUUCUCCUGACUUGAACUUUUUUCUUAAAGUUGCUUAGCCUUGUGUGGAGAGGGAAAACCGCCCUUGAUUCCGCCUUGCCAAGGGGCAACUGUUGCACAGCUCUUCCAGAGAGAGACUUCUUGUUUUGGGGAAUAUGUCUUAGGGAAAGCUCCAUUUUGACAUCUUUCAGGAGUUGAGGACAACUACCGGUAGCUCUUUCUUCAUUCUCUCUCUUCCUGUAUGAACCCAACCCUAGUGACUUGGUCUAAAUGACAUGCAGAAGAAAUGGGUGGUGUCUUUUCUACAUGUUUUGGUGGCAAGGUUCAAAUGAUUCACCAUCUUCCGCUGAAGCAGUAAUGUUCCUGAAAUUUUCUCUCUGCUCCAUCUUUUACGGAGCCGGAGGUGGCGGGAAUGACAUUCAGUGGUGCUUUUCUCAGGUGAAAGGGGCCGUGGACGAUGAUGUAGCUGAAGCAGAUAUAAUUUCUACAGUAGAGUUUAAUCAUUCUGGAGAAUUGCUAGCAACAGGAGACAAAGGCGGUAGAGUUGUUAUCUUUCAACAAGAGCAGGAGAACAAAACGCCAUCUCACAGCAGAGGCGAAUACAAUGUUUACAGUACCUUUCAAAGCCAUGAACCAGAGUUUGACUACUUGAAAAGUUUAGAAAUUGAAGAAAAGAUCAACAAAAUUAGGUGGUUACCCCAGAAAAAUGCUGCUCAGUUUUUAUUGUCUACAAAUGAUAAAACAAUAAAACUAUGGAAAAUCAGUGAACGGGAUAAAAGACCGGAGGGCUAUAACUUGAAAGAAGAAGAUGGGCGGUAUAGGGACCCUACUACAGUCACAACAUUACGGGUGCCAGUAUUCAGGCCCAUGGAUCUCAUGGUGGAAGCCAGUCCACGAAGAAUAUUUGCCAAUGCACAUACAUACCACAUUAACUCUAUCUCCAUCAAUAGUGAUUAUGAAACAUACCUGUCUGCUGAUGACCUACGGAUUAACUUGUGGCACCUGGAAAUUACAGACAGAAGUUUUAAUAUUGUAGAUAUUAAGCCUGCCAACAUGGAAGAACUGACAGAGGUGAUAACGGCAGCAGAAUUCCAUCCAAACAGCUGUAACACAUUCGUAUACAGCAGUAGCAAAGGAACAAUCCGUCUUUGUGACAUGAGGGCUUCUGCACUCUGUGACAGGCAUUCAAAAUUGUUUGAAGAGCCAGAAGACCCUAGCAACCGAUCAUUUUUCUCCGAAAUCAUCUCCUCCAUAUCUGAUGUCAAAUUCAGCCACAGUGGUCGAUAUAUGAUGACUAGGGAUUAUCUGUCCGUGAAAAUUUGGGAUUUAAAUAUGGAAAACAGACCUGUGGAAACGUACCAGGUACAUGAAUACCUCAGAAGUAAACUUUGUUCACUUUAUGAAAAUGACUGCAUUUUUGACAAGUUUGAGUGCUGCUGGAAUGGAUCAGACAGUGUCGUCAUGACUGGCUCCUACAACAACUUCUUCAGAAUGUUUGAUAGGAACACAAAGCGGGAUAUCACUUUAGAAGCAUCUCGGGAAAACAAUAAACCCCGCACAGUCUUAAAGCCCCGCAAAGUCUGCGCAAGCGGCAAACGGAAGAAGGACGAGAUCAGUGUUGACAGCCUAGACUUCAACAAGAAAAUCCUCCACACAGCCUGGCAUCCCAAGGAAAAUAUCAUUGCCGUAGCCACUACAAACAACUUGUAUAUAUUUCAAGACAAAGUGAAUUAGAGCUAGUGUUCCUAGCAGGGGAGUCCGCUUCCUGCAUAGUUCAGAUAGAUGAAUCUAGCAUUUGUACCCAUAAACAAUAGAGGGGAGAAAACAGAGUGUGGGAGAGAGCGAGAGAGAGAAGUCCAUUGUGGCACAUCUUUCCCAGUAUUUAAAAAUGUGCCAUAUUUGACAACACACUCUUCUAGAUAGCUAUGUGGGUGGUUUCUCUCUGUUGAGGGGUUCUCCAUGUCUGCUGGCCAUUUAGGUGAGGCUAGGGCACUUUUUAACACGACGACGACUUGCACCAUCUUGCCUAAUGGACUAGAGGUUGGACUAUUAUCAACAUUUGGUUCCUCCAGUUUUUUAUGCCUUCCAUUGUGAUGACGUCUGCCACAGGGAAAAGCCUUCAAGUCAUGCUGUGGGAUUUAAUUGUGUAACCUCAUUACUGUAUUAUUUGUGGCCCUUUUUUAUUAUUAAACAACAGCUCGUUCUUGCUGUGGCUUGUAGCAUUCCUCCUA